UGAUGGCUCACGCAAAAACGGCAGUUUUUCAUUGAAAUCUGUGCGCGGAAAUCGUUUGCGUUUUGUUAAAACCGUUGAGCAAAAGAAUUUAAUUUACAUACUUACGUGUUUGUGGAAUUGUUUGUUUAAGAAGUUUUCCUGAAUUUUAAUUAGUUUCGCAGAAAUAUUGGCUGGUAACAUGUCGGAUUCAGAGGAUAUUUUCGCCGAAAAUUCUGACAACAGCCUCGAUUACGUACCAGAUGAAAGCAUCCCGUCGAUCGGAAAUGUAUCGAUCUCCGAAACCGACGAGGAGCAAGAGGAUGAGCAAGACAGUGCCGAUCGGGAAAUGAUUGAAAGGAUGAAAAAGCGACAGAGCCGUCGCAUGUCGUUUCAUCCUAAACGAGAGAGUAGCAGUAGCUCCUCGGAGGGGUCGGAUGUCGAGGUUUCGCUGGCCAGCGAUGGAGACACCACAGACGAUGAGCGUUUUACCGAUGGUAGGGCUCUUUCGCCGAGCACUCGUAUGAGUAUCACCGGCAUACGCCCUGAGGACUUAAGUUCGGAAGAUGAGGAAGUCCAAGGGGUUGAUGAUGAUGAUGAUGUUGUGGUAGUCAAGAAAAAACCUACCCGAAGGAUAAUUUCGGAUGACGAAAGUGAGGAAGAAAGUUCAGAAAAAUCUUUCAAGUCUUCUGUGAAUGAGGUACACAAAGCUCAAUCAACUGCUGAAUCUAUCGCAGAGGAUGAUGAUCGUGCAGAGGAUCAUGACUCGUUUGACGAUAGUCUGCCAAUGAAAAGUUUCAAUCCUGAGUCGGAAACCAAACGGGAAUCUAUCAGCAAUAAGUUAUCGUCCACGGCAAAUUCGGAUGACAUUAAAGAACAAAAUGCUGACAUUUCCGCAAUUGGACGAUUGUCUACGAGCAUUCGGCAGUCAAUUGGCGAGAAAUUAUCUUCAACGGUGGUUGAAGAUAAAGACGAAAGUAUAGAGUUUGUAGACAAACCCGAUGAGAUUUUACUGUUGUCUAGCGAUGAUGAUGACGAUAAUAAAACUGCGGAACCAGAAAUAGCACCCAUCAAAAAAAAGAAACCAUUAGUACAACCAACGAUAAAAUCCGCUCUGAUAAAUGCGAAAACAACCGUCUCCCAGAGCGUCUACAGUGACAAAACGAGCAAGUUGUCCAAUUUAAAAUCAUCUCUGAGCACUCUGGAAAGUCUGCUGCUCAUCAAAAGCAAACUACCGGAUAAGGGUGUGCAUUUGUCUAAGAAAAUGGAGGCCUUGAAGUCAGAGAUAGGGUCCCUGGAAAAGGAAAUCAGUCUAUUGGAAGUCUCCAGCUCCAGUGGAAUACGGGAUCAAAUACAAAAAAGUUUCGAAACCUCGCUGGACAGUGUCAAUACCACCAAAAACUCCAGCACAAUAUCGGAAACCAACAAAAAACCGGAGGUGAUAAACAUAUCCUGGGAUGAUAUCAAGAAAGCAGCCGAAGACGUUCAGCCGAAGCAUUUCGGUACUCAGGGGAUGGCUACGUUUCAGAAUCAAAAAACGCUAACGAUGGGAACGCUUGCCACUUUACACAAAUCGAUCGAAACCUGUCCCAGCGAGGAUACACUGUGCGAUCCCCCGAAGCUGCUGAAGAUAGAGCUGAUGCAACACCAACGGUACGGUUUAUCGUGGAUGCUGUGGCGCGAGAGUCAAAAGCCACGGGGAGGAAUCCUCGCGGAUGAUAUGGGCCUGGGCAAAACUCUGAGCAUGAUAGCGCUGAUUCUGAAGUCUGCCGAACUUGAGGAUCCGGACAAAGAACCGGAGCAUAGCGAUAGCGAGGAUGAUGAAGCGGGUGGGAAUGAUGGAUGGAAAGCGAAGGGACGCAGAGAUUACUAUCCCGGUGGCACGAUCAUUGUCUGUCCGGCAUCGCUAAUGCGCCAAUGGGAGAGUGAGAUCAACACCAGGGUCGCUAGAAACAGUUUGGCCGUGAGUGUGUAUCAUGGAUCCAACCGAGAUGUGAAGCCAAGGCAUCUGGCAAAGUAUGACGUGGUCAUCACGACGUACAACAUUGCAUCUCGUGAAGCCAAAGGCGAUAGAGUCGGAGUUUUUGGCGUUAACUGGGAACGUAUCAUCCUGGAUGAAGCACACAUGAUCAGAAACCACAAAAGUGCAAUGUCCGUUGCAUGCUGCCAACUCAAGGGACGUUAUAGAUGGGCUCUGACCGGAACUCCUAUACAGAACAAAGAAAUGGAUAUGUACGCUUUACUGAAAUUUCUCAGGUGUACUCCGUUCGACGAUCUAAGUCAUUGGAAAAAGUGGAUCGACAACAAAAGUGCUGGCGGUAUGCAACGAUUGAAUACAAUCAUGAAAUCUAUUUUACUCCGCAGAACCAAGAAACAACUGCAAGAGAAAGGCACUCUCCAAUGUUUACCCGAAAAGAACAUUGAAGUAGUAGAAAUCAAACUGCAAAAGGAAGAAAUGAACGUCUAUCAAAAAGUUAUGAUGUAUUCUCGUACACUUUUUGCCCAGUUUUUACAUCAGCGAGUUGAAAAAGAAAACGAUACCUACUUCGGUUCGCAGAGUCAACGCCCAACAUUCGCACAGACUCGUCAACCCAACGGAGCCUUUGAUCGGGUUCAUCAGAAGCUAAAAAGAAUGCAUGUUAAAGACGAAGUCAAACAGCAUCAAAUUUUGGUGUUGUUGCUCCGUCUUAGACAGAUCUGUUGCCACCCAGGAUUGAUUCAUCAAAUGCUUGAAGAUGAUGAUGGCAACUUCGAUGUAAGUACCGUUGAAGAUCAAAGCUCGGAGCUAGAUAUCUUGGAAGAGUUGGAAAAAAUGAAACUGACUGAUACCUCCGGAAACGGCAACGAUUCACGGGGAGUGCUUCGCGAAAUCAACAACAGCCAUGAGCUCCCGGACGAUCAUGUUCAGGCCAUUUCUAAAGCUUCGUCCAAAGUGAUGCUGCGUUCGAAUCCGGUCUUCAAUCUUGAACGGUGCAGCUCUAAGUUGAACCAAAUGCUGAAACUGUUGGAUGAAAAAAUACUGCAGGGAGACGAUAAGGCUGUCAUAGUUUCGCAGUGGAGCAGCGUUUUGGAAAUUGUUGAACGGCAUCUGCAAGAGAAGCGCAUCCGGUACGUAAUGCUCACCGGGAAAGUGGCCGUCAAGUUCCGCAACGAUCUCGUGAACGAAUUCAACAAAGUAGGAGCGGGACCUCGUAUUAUGCUACUAUCUCUGACUGCUGGUGGUGUCGGUUUGAAUCUGGUGGGAGCAAAUCAUCUUUUACUGCUGGAUCUUCACUGGAAUCCACAGCUCGAGGCACAGGCUCAGGAUCGCGUCUACCGCGUUGGACAGAAGAAAACAGUUUACAUUUGGAAAUUCAUGUGCGUUGACACGGUGGAGCAAUCUAUUCGAGCCCUUCAGCAGCGCAAGUUGGACAUUGCGGACGGUGUCCUAACGGGAGGAGGAACGCAUUCGGGAAGCAAACUCACCAUCGACGAUCUCAAAUCUCUGUUCGGGUUUGAAUGAGCUACUUUUGAUGAGGUACUUGAAUCUUUCGUAUCAUCUUUACUGUGAUAAGGUUGUUCCAUGUCUAAUUUAGCAAAUCGAUUUUUAACUCUCCGCUGAUUGUUUGAAAAUUACUGCCUCAAAUCUAUAUUAAACAUUUCUAUUUCA